AUGCCGCGAAACCCUGCGGCGAAGAAGCAUCAGCACAAUAACCGCCAUGAAAACGGACUUGUAGGUCCCGGGAAACGUGUCACCAAACAGAAAUCGAAUGGUCAUCUCAAUGGCACCGCAAAGGGCCCUGUCCCAACCGAGCCUGUUCCCCAACCCAACCCGCCCGGCAACUCCUCGAGCGCAAUAGUCAACGAUAGAUCUCUCGCUGCCACCUCCGAAUCGCCGCAGGACUCCAAAAUCUCCUUGAAUUCUCAACCCGCAGCCAGUGAACCCGACUCAGGCGCCGUCAAAGAGAAGGACAUCAAGUGGGAGGCGAAUGGAUCUGCCAUGUUACAUCAAAGACGAGGCGAUAUGGUGUCUUCCCGAGCCAGGUCCUCCCAGGACAUCAGCGCCCUGCAUCUGGCUUCGACAAUUCUGCGCUCCCGCCCAGCUUGCGACACUGUCUCUCUACUGAUUGUCCUUCUCGCAUUGCCGUCGAUGGUGUUGACGAUUGUUCAAGCCUUAUUCGCGUCUUUGACAUUGAUGCCAGGAGGUGGCACCCCGGCUUCGCUAAAUUCCUUGCUCGAUAUCUUUCAAGGAUCGGCUGGCGUGCCCAACUUCAGCACUACUGCCAUUGUAGAUGCCAUCGGCUUCGGACUAUGGGUUGGACUGUGGACGUGGGCUCAAAAUUUCGCGCUCGACCUGGCUCAGAUACAAAUCGCGAUUACACUUGGAAAUGGCAGUUCGGGCAAGAACAGUAGGGUCAACACGUUCUGCGUGGCAGGGGUGCUGCUGCUGCACCUGGCGCGGAGCCGAGAUGUUCGUCGAUUCCUGUAUUCGAAUCUGGUUCCUGUCGACCUCCUUUCCCAGACUGGACUGUUGGAUCAUCUGAAAUACCUACCCUCGGACCACGACUUUGGCGACAGUCCCGGCCCACCGUCAUAUUUUCGAAGUUUGUUCGCCAUACACAUAAUCGCACAAGGUGUCAUGGCGAGCUUCCGACGUUACAUCUCCUCCUAUACCACAGGAACAGCCAAAUCGAAACGUAUAGAUACAGAAGCCUCGGCAGGAUCUGUGUCGGACGCUUCGGUGUUAGAUGGAUCCGUCCCCACGGCCGUGUCGUCCUCUGUCGAUUACCAACCGCCACCAACACCAGGGUUCAAAGAUGGAAAAGAUAGUAAGGGUAUGAGUGCGAAGAAACGCAGGCGUCAGGCGAACCACGUUAGAAGCAGACAGCCAUUUUGGGCCGCUCUCGCCAGCACCAAAGUCCACGUCUUACGAGAGGUCGAGCACAACAAGGCUCUUCCAAGCGUUGGGAAUAAGGAAGGCAGCCCUUUCGAAGUAUCCCACCAGGACCUUGUUUGGAUUGUGAAUGUGGAACCUUCGUCGAUUUCUUUUGAAGCAACCUACAUCUAUGAAUCAGAGCAUACCCAAAAACCCGCGCAAGGAGCAGAUUGCCGGCCAUUCUACGUCCGCAUCAAUGGCGCCAAGUGGCACGCGGUGUCCUUAGAGCCGCUCGAAAACUCCUCCCGCCACGAUGGAAGCGGUGCUCAGUGGGCGGGCACGAUAUCUGGACUUGCGCCAAAUUGCACUUACACAUGUACAUUCAUCAGCUGCGAAGGAGACGAAGGCUUCGCAUCUAUCAUGGUCAAGACGCCAAUGCUCCUGGACAAAGAUUUACCCGCUUCAAUGGCUCCUGCGUCGGUCCGCCAGUCUUCAACGCCCUCUUCACCUACCACCACCCUGAAAAAUUCGAUUUCAACAGCCGAAGCUAAAUUGAAUGAAGCCCGCAAUCGCCUCACCAAAGUUCGGCGUCAACACAGAACUGCUUUAGUCAAGGUGGAAAAAGAAGUGGACAGCUUCAGCACUCGACUGAAAACCGCCAGCGACGACACCAAGCAAAGGCAAAAAUUGCUGCAAGCUGAACGAAAUAUACGACAGACUGAGGAUGCCACUCAGGAGCUCGAUGCGGCGCUCGAAAAUCUAGUGUCCACUCCCGACGACGAGAAUGACGACCACGCUGCAGCCAAAGAAACGCACGAUGAACAGCAGAGGCUCCUCACUGAAGCCAAUGAUGCUCUGGCCAAGGCGCGUUCUGCUGCACAUGAUGACAAGGCUUGCGUCAACCAAGAAUUGAACGCCAUUGUCACGCGAAAAGAACGGCUUAUCGCCCGCAAUUCUAAGCUGACCGAACAGCAUGAUAGGAUCACCCAUGCCAAUGCUCAAGGACUGAAUGAGAAAGAGAGAAGAGCUGCCGAGUCGAAUGCCAAGGGAGCUGAACAACAGAAACGCGAGGCCGAGCUCAACCAGGAAAUCUACAAUCUGGACAGGGAUUUGAGGAGCGCAAGACUGCGGUGGGAAAGCAAUCUGCGCGAACUCGACAUUUUGGAGAAGCAAGAAAUGGCUCAAAGACAAAUGAUGCUCAGCAACAGCGGUCCUCUCACGCCAGAAGGCGAAUUGCCUGGUACUCGGCCUCCGCCACAACACGCACGUCCGUAUGCGUUUGGCAGCUUCCAGGCAUUUCCCAACAGUCCUGUCAUCCCCGAAGUCCAAGGCUCCCCUUUCGCUGCCUACGCCAAGACCCUUCCUUCAGGUGACCAACGACGACCGAGAUCGGAUACCAAUCGUUCUGCUGGCGGGAUUAGCAAUUUCUCAGCCGACUUUGAAGAUGCCGAUCCGAUACCACCGAUGCCGACAACCACCGAGUACGAUAUGAAUGGUCGCAAAGGGAGUGGCAGCAGUAGGGGAAAGAACAACGGCAGUCCAGCAGCUGGCGGGGUUAUCGGCGGUGCAUUGCGCAGUCCGCAGAGAGGCAGUUACAGUCCAGGGCAUAUUCCGGGUUCAACUACGUGGUAG